AUGGCGUCGGUCUACCAGCAUCAUCUCGAUGUCCGGCGAUUAGCUGCACCAAAGGGUGGCAUGCCAUGGCCAAAGGCAGGGAGGGGAGGUGCCAUUGCCGUCUCUUGCACCUACGGCUCAAGAAGUAUAGUAGUCUUCGUCCACGCCUACUUACCGGCCAUUCAGUUCGAAGUACUAGACGUCGAGGCGCUAGCUGAAGCUGUUCCAUCUAGAGGUCUUGACUUCUCUCGGCUGGGUGCAGUCGCAGGCUUUUCCAAGCUUUCUGCGCGAUUCUACGGCCAAUCCGUCCGGAAUGGAGCUCGAAUCGUUUGUAUGCCAGUACUCAACUAG